AAUAAUUACGAUGGAGUCGAGUCGACGACACCCCUAGCUUGUCUAUAUUUAAAACACCAUCCUAGAGAUUUUUUUAGUGUAUACGAUUAUUUUGUGGCUUAAGUGCUUAACCAAACCAACCCAACCCAAAAAUAUAACAUUUUCGUCAAAUAUACAUAUACCGAGAGAGAGACCCUUAAACCCCCAAAACCUCCUCCUUGCUUCCAUCGAUCCCAUUCUUCCGUUAACUGAUGGCUGAAACGCCGGCUUCUCCUCCUCUUCACCCUCCCGUUCUUUUGUCCGAUUCCGCCGCCAAAGACGCCAUGCUCACUUGGUUUCGCGGCGAGUUUGCGGCCGCCAACGCCAUGAUCGAUGCUCUCUGCGCUCACCUUAUGCAGGGCUCCGGCGGAUCCGCUCAAUACGAGUCUGUCAUGGCAGCCCUUCAUCGCCGGAGGCUCAACUGGAUCCCUGUCCUCCAGAUGCAGAAGUACCAUUCCAUCUCUCAAGUCACCCUCCAGCUACAACAAUUGGCAAAAGGCUUUCAUCAUGUCGUCAAAGAAACCUGCAGCAUCCCCGACCAUCAUCACGAUGAUGAUGAUGAUGAUGAUGAUGAUUCUCCCUCCAGCGACAUCACUGAUGGAGGAUCCCGGGAAGAAGACCAAACCCUCUCAAUCUGUUGUAAGCACGAGGACGAAUGUGAAUCACGAGGAGCCUCACUCCUCAAGCACUCCAAGCGUUUCUCCGCCAAGGAACAUGUUAGAGGACAUACGGCCAAUGUUGUCAAAGGCCUCAAACUCUACGAAGAUGUCUUCACUGGUACUCAACUCUCCAAGCUUCUGGAUUCUAUUAAUCAGCUCCGAGAGGCUGGUCGGAAUCACCAACUUUCAGGGGAGACCUUUGUUCUGUUCAACAAGAACACCAAGGGAACCAAAAGAGAGCUUCUUCAGCUUGGAGUUCCUAUUUUCGGCAACACCACGGAUGAACACUCAGUGGAACCUAUCCCAACCCUUGUCCAAAGUGUGAUCGACCAUCUUCUUCAAUGGCGUGUGAUUCCUGAAUACAAACGACCAAAUGGCUGUGUGAUCAACUUCUUCGAUGAGGACGAACACUCUCAACCAUUUCAGAAACCUCCUCACGUGGAUCAACCCAUAUCCACUCUUGUCUUGUCUGAAUCAACCAUGGUGUUUGGGCACAGACUCGGGGUCGAUAACGAUGGCAACUUCAGGGGCUCACUCACUCUCCCACUAAAGGAAGGGUCGUUGCUGGUGAUGAGGGGUAACAGCGCAGAUAUGGCCAGGCAUGUAAUGUGCCCCUCGCCCAACAAAAGAGUCGCAAUCACCUUCUUCAAACUCAAACCGGACUCCGGUAAGGUCCAGCCGCCCCCCACCCUAUGGCGACCAGGCACCCCAGCUCCUCCGGCUUGCGGAAUGGUCAUAGCUCCGUUGGUGAUGCUAGCUCCGGCUCCCAAGAGGAUAGACGCUGGCACUGGAGUUUUCUUGCCGUGGACACCGCCAGUUACAAGAAAACCAACGAAGCAUCUCCCGCCGCGAGUCCAGAGGCUGCGUCUCUUGUCAUCAGCAAAGCCAGUGGCAGAUCGUGAGGCAUCGUCGCCAGAGAUAGGAGUGAGCUGAGUUGGAAAGUGUCACACACGGAAGCUCUUUCUUUUUUUCCUUUUGUUUAACAGAGUCUUUUGGUUUCCUUGUGGGUAUACUUGAGUUUAGUGGGUUUUUCUUGUUUCUUCUUAGUAACAUUUUGCUUUCCUUUUAUUUGGUCAAUUUAAUAGAUUGAAGAUGAGGGUAUUAUGAUGCUACAUCUACUUUGAACAAUUUGUAUUAAAAGAUCGUCAAUUUAAAUUAA